UGAAAGAGCACCAAAAGUUAGAAUUCACAGAUCCAUAAAAUUGCUUUAAAAAUGUUUAGUGAUUGACGUACAUCAGUCAUUUGGCAAAACCAAAUUUAGUACAUUUCGCGCUUGAUAGGUUCACGAAAAUGGCGUUUGUGAAAUAUUUGAACGCGCAAAUUCGUAGCGAACAUUUCAAAAGGUAAAAGGCUGACAUAGGGAAAGUGCAUAAUUAUAGCGCCAAAAAAUGUCUGAAAUUGAUAAUUUGGAGUCUUUAAGCAACGCAGAUCUACGAAAACAGUGCAUUAAACAUGGCUUACCAAAUGUGCCAAUUACGGACUCCAGUCGCCAUAUAUUGAUAAAGAAACUACGCGCUACUUUGUCUGGGUCACCGGCUUCACAAUCUAAGAAGACUCCACGGCGAGAGACCAUUCAUGUUUCGAAAGUAUCGGAGGUAACAGAUUCAAAGACCGAUGCGAAAGCUGAGCCCGAACGCCGUACUCCAAGCAGAGGAGCUAGUAGGCGUACAAUCGCUGGUACACCAACAAUUGAUGCUCAAAAAGUAAUUGAAAAUGUAACAACGGAAAACCUUACAGCAGCACCAAUUGGCUCUCGUCGCCGAUCUACAAUUGAUUCGCAAAAAACUAUUGAUAAUCCACAAACAGAAGGACCAACACCGGCGCCAAUAGGAUCUCGUAGACGAUCCACAUUUGAAUCGCAAAAAGCAAAUGAAAAUCAGGCAAUAGAAAGCACUUUAGCAGCUCCAAUAGGCGCACGUCGUCGUUCUACCCAAGAAAUUCCACUAUCUCAAAAGGAGUACAAAUCAUCCAAGAACUUAAAUCAAAUUGUUAUACCAGAAAGCGAUGAAGAAGAUAAUUACUUGGUGUUAGCUGCUGAGCAGACAGAACAUUUUACAAAAGCACCAAUUACGCGAGAAGUUGAUGUUCGUUCCUCUACAUCACAAUCAUCAAUAUCUUUAACGAAAACGGGUGUAGUAACUACCUCCUACGGUAAGGACUUCUCGAAGCCAUCGUCCCAAGUUCCUGAGUUUCCCAUUCGGAAGUCGCUAACUGAGGGCUUAUCUCACGAAAUAUACAAGCCACAAAUAAGUGCGAACACUGGUCGCUAUAGUCUGUAUUCGAACUUGAUACAGAAGAACUCGGGAGUUAGUAUGGAAUCAUCAAACCCUUUACACUCACGUUACAGCACAAACACGCUAUCUACUGGAAUGUAUACCUCAAAACCUGCACCGCAGUACAAUGAACAGAGUGACGAGAAUGAAGAAGACAAGGAUUAUGAAACACCGUUUUUGAGUAGUUUUGCACGCAACUUGAAUCGAAUCAAAUCAGAUGGAGUGAGUUUAAGUAAAACUAGCACCAGCGGUUUUGAUUACUCCUCACCUCGCGCUUUACACCGUACAAAACAUCAUGAAAUUACUGGGCGUCGUCCUGCCAAAGAUUCCGUAACUGAGUCUUUCCGCCAGUUACUAAUUGCGCUGGAUCGAAAAUAUAAUUUGCGACUUUAUUUAGUGUUGGCCACAGUGUUUUUGGUAUUGGCUUUUCUAUAUGUCGUCAUAUAUCAGUAAACUUGUCAUAUAUUUUAAUAUUAACUUUUUGUAAACGCAUUUUACUUUGUGUCCGUAUAUUGAAGAUCUUUGUAUAUCUAAAUGACUUGUAGGAAAAUUUUAGUUCUCUAAAGUGUUUCAACUGUAUAAACGUUUAACAAACAAAUAAAAUCAACUGUUUGUAUUGUAUUGUGCAAAAC